CAUACGCCUUUAGGUAACCAUUAACACACUCCUAUUUCUGUUGUUGCCAGAUCAUGGAAUUGGUGGAGUAAAUUCACAUCAUGACGGCUCAGAUUCUGUCAUCAGAGCUUGCUAAUCUGAUUCAAGAGAGUAAAAGGAAACACUCGGAUCUCAGAAAUGUGAGCUAGAGCCUAUACCUAUAGUCUAUGGGAUUGAUGGGAACAUAUUGGCUACUUCAUCCCAAACUGGAUCUUUGUACUAAUAUGAACUCAGGCUGCGGAAAAAUCAUUAGAGGAGUUAAAGGGUCUGAGAUCAACUUCAGAGGCUCAAAUAGCUGCAGGUACAUUUUUAAUAUCCCCCAUGCAAUGCAACGCAACUGACAUUUCUAGAUCUUUCUGCCCGACCAAACUUCGUGACACCCUUCCUGAUUGCAUGCGGAACCAAGAAUGUCAAGUUCACUGGCAUAGCGAUCGUGUGUCUGCAGCGACUUGUUGUAUCACGUGCGUUACCGAGACCGAGAUUGAGAGAGGUUCUCGAUGCUUUUCGAGAAUCUACUUCGGCUGGACUUGAUGUUCAGCUUAAGAUUCUCCAGGCUUUGCCCUCGUUGCUCCAGAAUUAUGCGGACGAUUUGAAGGCGGAGCUUUUGGCUGCUGCUUUGAACAUUUGUACAAUCUUGCAGGCUAGUAAGAAUGGUAUUGUGAACAAUACUGCUGCUGCUACUUUGCAACAGCUUGUUGUUUCGGUAUUUGAUAAAGUAGUUGCCGAGGAUAGUGAGUUACUUUGCGUUGUCCCGGUUUGAAUGUAGCUAAGGAAAAGUAGAAGUACAGCUUGAAGUCCCUACUGUUGGCGAAGCACCAGUUGAAGAUGGCACAGUCCGGGUUCGUACCGCAGCAUUGGAUGCUUACAGAGUUUUCAAUGACCUCUGUCUUCUGACGGAAUCUCAAAAGCCACAAUUUUUGAGAUCCACGAGCAUGCCUCAAACCUUUGGACUGGAACUUAUCGAGUCGGUUUUGACCAAUCAUUCUGAGAUAUUUAUUACACAUCCCGAGCAAGCCAAUGUUCUCCGAACCAGAGUGAUGCCUUUCAUUAUUCAUUCUCUUUCGGAAAAGUUGAACUUUGCCGUUACUGUCAGAAUUGGAAGAAUUCUGUACACUUUACUCAGACGGCACCUCAGUAUCUUGGCAUCUGAGGGUGAGAUGGCUCUCGGUCUUCUAACUCAAAUGCUCGAUCAUGAUACUGCGCUCUGGAAACGAUCGUUGUGUAUGGAAGUAUUGAGGGGUAUAUUUGCUGAGGCAGCUCUCAUCCGGAGAAUAUUCGCCAUGUAUGAUGCUCAGGAAGGCAAGAAAAACGUAUUGAGAGACUUGGUUGCUGCGUUUGUGCGCAUAAGCACAGAAAAGCCUUCUGUUAUUGGACUAGGUUCCCAGUCUACAGUACCAACGAAAAUCCAGGGAGGCUCUGGAUCAGACCAAGCAAUGCUUGAAAGUGGUGUAGCAGGUAUCAUCACCGGCUCAGUCGGGUCCAACGAAAGCGCUGCUGGUAUUAGCACGCAAUGGAGCACUAUGAGAGUACCUUGUAUUGACCAGCUCGAUAAGACCGAUCCUCCUUCAGUGCCCGAAUCUUACAUUUACAGUCUCACCCUUGCAUGUGUCACUGGGUUUUCUGAAGGGUUAGCAAAAUUUAUACUACCUUUAACUGUUCCGGAGAGACCACGUAAGAAGGCUUCCCGGCAACCAGGCGCAGACCCAGCGUCAGAUUCUCCAGCAGGUGUUCCAGAAAGGAGGGGUUCCGUCAAGAAGAAUCCAGUUCCUGUGAAUCCAUUAACUCUAAAAGAACAUCCACUUUAUGAUGAGGUCAAAAUAUGUGCUGGAAUUGUCGACGAAUGCUGGCCUGCUGUACUUGCUACCUGCUCGACUUUCCUAUAUGCUGCCCUCGAUACUGAGUACUAUCAUGGUCUAGUCAGAUCAUUCCAGAAAUUCACACACGUAGCAGGGUUGCUUCGAUUGGCUACACCAAGAGAUGCUUUUUUGACCACACUUGGAAAAGCCGCUGUUCCGUCGAACGUUUUAUCUGCUAGUGCUGCUGCUAUAACAACACCGUUGACACCAACAUCUGAGUCGAGCAUAUUUUCAAACGCGAAAGGCUUGUUGAGUGUGGAAAGCUUGGUCAGCAAUGCUUCGGCUGCUCUUGAUCGUGGACGACGAGAGCCAGUCUCCGACACUAGUACCAUCUCUCUCAAUACACGAAAUCUGCUGUGCUUGAGAGCUCUCCUGAAUCUAGGAAUUGCUCUGGGUCCAACUCUAGGUCCGGCAUGGGGUAUUAUUCUUGGAACACUCCAAGAAGCCGACUUGGUUUUAUUUUCGAGCAAUAAACCGGCAAGAUCCACACCUAACCAGAAAUCUGACAGUGGGAAAGGGACUGAUGACGCUGCACUACUUGUCAAUUUUGGUAGUGAAAUAAAAGCUGUUGAGACAGCUGCUUCCAGGUUACUUGAGAGCACGGCCGAUUUCCCCAACGAAUCAUUUUUGGAAGUCGUGAUGGCAUUGUGUGCUUUGUUUGAAAAGGAAGAAGUGCCGCCAAAAUCCUCAGCAGAACCACCCAGUCCUAAGUUCGUCUCAGAAAACGCACGCCGGCCUUCACACACUUCGCAGCACAGGAGAAUCCACAGUGUUAGCACAGCUCCUGCUACACAGACGCAAGAGGACCUCUUUGCGUUAGCCAAGCUCGGGGAGCUGGCCAGUAUAAAUAUCGAGCGUCUGAUGGCAAAUGAUCCCGAGAUAAGUGGAUGGUCAAUUCUGACGGCCGAUCUUAUUAAAGCUUCUUGCUCUACUUCUACGCCAUCAUCGGUAAGACUUCGAGCUGCUGAGAUCCUUGUUCGGCUCGUCUUCGAGGCAGCAAGUUCUAGCUUGUCUUUGCCUGAAGAUAUCAGAAGCAAUAUUCAAUUGCGGUUGCUUCAAACUUUCAGAGAUGCGAUACAGCCCCUCGAAUCAAAAGAGCGAUCUUCCUCUGUUGCGAUACAUGCAAUUGAUAUCGAUAUUCACAAAGUAAUCCUCGAGGGACUUAGAAGCAUCCUGGAACAGUGUGGCGAAACUUUUGUCACCGGAUGGGACAUUGCUUUCCAAAUUAUUGGAAGUGUUUUCAUCAAGGGAGAGAAAAGUACUUCCCGGUCCAAACCCACCUCUACACAUUCAUCGCGACUGAUUCGGUCCUCCUUUGGCUCGCUUCAACUAAUUUGCUCCGACUUUUUGUCAUCGCUUCCAAAUUCUUGCUUUAUUAUUCUCGUUGAUACCCUUUAUCAUUUUUGCACGCAAGAUGAUGAUCUUAAUAUUUCGUUGACCGUAAGUAAUGAAUACCUUUAGCGGCAUGACUUUUGUUAACUCGUACAGACGGUGACAUUCUUUUGGGUUCUAUCAGAUUUCAUAUCUGGUAGGACUAACUCUCUCUCAUUGAGUCCGGAUCUUAUUCAAGGUUCUGAUGAGGAGACACUCGUCAUAAAGGCUUCUGGGGCCGACUUAAAGGUAUCAGAUGCUGCACUAUGGAUGAUGUUGCUUCUCCGCUUGACCGCUGUCACUACCGAUGAGAGGCUUGAGCUGAGGAACAGUGAGUGACUCAAACACGGCUACUUUCUAGUCACUAACUUGUGGGCAGGUGCUAUUCAUACCCUUCUUCGGAUUUUUGAUGCUUAUGGCGAACAACUCAGUCCCGAGGCAUGGUCCAUGUGUCUUCAGUCGGUCAUAUUCAAAUUGCUUUCAUCAAUCGAAACACAGUUGAAAAUCGCUCAUGAGCCUGAGUCAUUAAUUUCAGACAAGGAUCGAACUGGAUGGAACGAAACUACUGUCGUCGUUUUGACUGGGAUCACUAAUCUAUUGGCCGAUUAUCUGGAUACACUUUCCAGCCAUAGUACGUUCGGCAAGUCUUGGGCUACUUUACUCUGUCAUUACAAAUCGCUUCUCGAGUUCAAGGCUCUUGACAUCAAUACUUCCGUUUUCAAUUCCUUACGCCAAAUACUUUCUCGUGGCAAUAUUUCCGACAGCGACGUGACAAAUUUCGACCGCGCUGCCAUUGAUCUUGCAUGGGGGCUGUGGUCUCACUCUGUACCUCCCGUGACGCCAAAUCUAAAUGAGAAGAGAUUUGAUAAUCAGAAAUAUUUGGUUGCAUAUGUCUCUGCAUUGCAAGAAAUCUACAGGCUAGUGCAGGUGGACCUUGAUGCUGAGAAAGUACACCGAAUGCUUAUGUUACUGCGAGAAGCUAUCCAACAAGCAAGCGCUGCAAUCUAUACAGCAGACAUUGAGUACCUUACGCCAUUACAGACUCAAGUGUUAGAAAACCUCAAGAUUAUUCGCACUGAUAUCGAAGGGGUGCCCGGCGCCUUGAUUUCUCAAGUAUCGGAAUUUGUGGGGUUGGCGUUUGAGCCAAAAGAUACAUCAAAUACAGAAAAACGACCUACAUAUGUUGCUUUGUCGAAAGCUUCUAUGGUAUUGAUAGAAAAUUUGGUCCUGGCACAUUCGUCGGAUAAAGAUGUCUAUUCUAGCGGUGCUUUGACGUCUACACUGGGUGCGCUAGCGAAGCCGAUUGUCCUGAAAUAUGCAUUCCCGAUUGUCACUAAGAGCAUCUCACCUUGGCGUCAAGCAACCAUCUCAGCUCUGGCAAUUCUGAAAGCAGUACUGCCCGUAGUCACUAAAACGGAGUUCAAAGAUGAUGUAACACGAUCUAUUUGGAGCUCUAUUGUCACAAUUGCCAACGCCAUCACCGUAGCACAUUGCUCCGACGCCGCGGAGACAAUCGACAUCAAGUCCGAUCAAGAUUUUGAUAUUGAGUCAUUUCUCACCUUACGAGACCUCAUUACGCCAGCUUUGGGGUCGCCGUCAAUACCAGACAAAACGCGAAGGAUAUACACUGAAUCACUGUUCCACACCUCGCUUAUCCAUGCCCCUCUCCCAUCCGAACUUCCAUCCCCAACACAAGAGCUUCUUGGGGGCCUUUACACCCCUCGCAAAGGUCUGACGAUCGAUCAUCCACCAUCCUUGCGUUCCAAAAUGAGCUACGUUUGCAUCGAGACAUUACUUCUCCUCAUCUCCUUGCGCUCCAGUACACCCAACGAAAUCAAACUCGCACAGGCAGCAGCACCCUACCUCAUUCUCCGCGCCGGACUCAUCAUCCGCGCAUACAUAUCAGACCAACCAUUGCGGGGCAGAAUGCCACAACCCCUGAGCCAGCGGACUGAGCUACUUUAUAUCCUAAAGGCAUUAGUGAGUUUGAGAUGCGAGCCGGACGCGAUACCGGACGCACCGGGUGUGGAGAGCGAAGGGAAGAAACAUUUGCAUAGGCUUUAUCCGUUGCUUGCGAAGGCUGUUAGGGCUGCUAGUCGUGAUCAGGAGGUUCUGGAGUGGCUUGGGAGGGCGCUUGAUGAAGUUGGGAUGGAGUUUGGUGUUUAGAUUGAUUUGAGAUGAUGUUCAAAAUUGGGAUGAAACGUAGGGCGCUUUGGUGGGUGGUAUGGUUUAGGAAUUGUAGUUGGAAUCAUAAAUUGAGCAUACUUUUGCAGAAGCUGAUGAGGUCCAUGAGAUCUGACUUAAGGAUAGGAUGUUUCUUGGUGUUGUGAUCGCG